AUGGAGCUCGAGCCCUUCUCGGGACUGACCCCGCCAUAUUUUGAUGAAGAGGAUUUUUUCACGGACCAGUCCUCGCGAGACCUGGACCCAGAUGAUUUUCUGGACGAAGACGUGGACUUUCUAACCUUCACAGAUUAUUACAAAGAGAGCGGCAGAGACUUUUACAAAGAGGGCGGCAGAGAGCGGCACGACGCGGAAUAUGACCUGGGAAACCUGUCCUUCUCCUCGUCUUCCUCGUCGCUCUCUUUCUGCGCGGACUCCGCUCCAGAGCUGUCUCCUCUGGGGGCCCACACCGCGCUCCUAAAGCGGCGGAGACGCCUCAGAUCCGAGCGUGAACUGCAGCAGCUGCGUCAGGCCGCAAAUGUGCGCGAGCGGCGGCGCAUGCAGUCCAUCAAUGACGCGUUCGAGGGCCUGCGCUCUCACAUCCCCACACUGCCCUACGAGAAGAGACUGUCCAAAGUGGACACGCUGCGCCUCGCCAUCGGGUACAUCAACUUCCUCGCGGAGCUGGUCCAGUCUGAUGUGCCGCUCCGGAACCAGGGCUCUGACGCGCCUGCGCAGCCCAAGAAGGUCAUCAUCUGCCACAGAGGCACCCGGUCCCCGUCCCCCAGUGACCCGGACUUCGGGCUGCCGCCUCUCGCGGGACACUCUCUAUCCUGGUCGGACCAGAAACAGCUCCGGGAUCAAAGCGUGAUCCGGACCGCGAAGGUCUGGACCCCCGAAGACCCGCGCAAACUGCACCAAGGGCUCGCAGACUUGACGCACGAGCUGCCCCUGGGCCUCAUGGUCUAAUCCAGACGGAACCAGUGAACCGGGUCCGAACAAGGACUGAGGCAGGACUGAGCCUGAACCAGGACUGAGCCAGGAUUAUUUGUGGCAUUUGGCCGCGCGCACGCGUGUGCAGUGUAAUAUUUCCACUGUGUUGUACAUAUUUAUAUAUAUAUUUAUAGAGAGUAUUUUCAUAUUUUUGUAAAGAAGCAGCGGAUAAUCUAUUUAAUGUGCGCUAUAAAUGUAAUAUAUUUAAUUUAAUUCCAUGAAUCAGAGCCAUAAUUUUCUACUCGCUUUAUCAAACCCGCUCAGCAUUUUGUCAAAUGUGUUUAUGAGCUCAAUGUGACAAAGUCUUUGUCUUUUUGUACUUUUAUU